UCCGCUGGCUCAGGCUCAGUGACAGUGGGAGAAUGGAGAGUGGAGAGCGAGCUCCUCCAUCUAUCACUCUAUCAGUGGAAGCUAUGGAGAAAUCUGUGACCGCCCUCGCUACAAUCAGCAGCAGCAACAGGCUAAAGAGAGAAGAUUGCAGGCGUACCAAGCAUGACUCUGCUUUCUCACCGUGGAAGGUUCUAAUUGGACCCUCUGAUUGGGAAGACCAUUCAAAUGGGAAGGAAGGGGCUGAAAGAUACAGGACGCAGAACCUCCCAAAUUGCACUUCCUGUACUGGAGUUUAUGAGCUUGGCACAGCUGUAUGGCGUAGUAAAUCUCGGCGAGAUGCUGGCAAACUUGAUCCGGACUUUAUAAUUCCUGUUUACCUUGGAAAAUCUGACAACGUUAGGAAUAGACUACAGCAGUAUGGGCGCGAAGGGGCUCAUUUGGAGAAUGGCAGCUCCAACACUAAGUUGAAUGGUUGCAACGGAAGGUUGGCUCAAACGGGAUCUGGAUUGUUCAAGGACAUAUUUUCUGAAGGGUUCUCCAUUGUCUACAGAUGGGCUCCUAUGAAGAGUACAAGGGAUGCUGAUAAAACUGAAUCUGAUCUGCUUGGCAAGUUUGAUUACGCAUGGAAUAAGGGAAGUAAUGGUCCUCGCCGACACAAUGAUAUACUCAAAAUGCUUGAUCGCAUCUCUAAAACUUCUCCCUUUAUGGCAAAGCUACAGGUUUUAUCUCAAAAGAAGAAGGGAAUAAAAAUCAAAGCUUACAAACCACCUUUUGUGGAGAAUGGAUUGGACUUUUACACUAGCUUGGAAACUAAUGGCCUCCUCGCUCAAAUUUUCAAAUUUGGACGAUCACAGCCAAGAUUGAUUGUCAGAUCUGUUAUCAACGAAAAUUACAUUAGCAUCUGUGGUGUCGCUUUAGGUCAUGGAGUCGUCUGUAAAAGGGCACCAGCUGAAGGGAACAAAAGGUGUUCAGAGCAUAAAGGCAUGAAAGUAAAUGGUUUCACAUCUAAGUUACUUAAAGAUGGAAAAUCAACUUUGGUUGCAAAUGAGUAUCCUAUAAACAAGACAUUCACCCCACCUUGUGGAGUCAUUUUGGAUGAUGGCUCUUGCUGUACAAGCAAACCAGUCCAAGGAAACAAGAGAUGCCUGGAGCAUAAGGGAAGGAAAAUCAAUAAUUUCCCUCAGCUAGUAAAUGAUAAGAAAGCAAAUUAUGUGUACGGUCCAGUUCUGGACUAUAAUACAUCCCUCAGUAAAGCUGGCCACACUGAUUCUAGCUCAACUAUAUGUGGAGUGGACCUAGACGAUGGGACUUUUUGCACCAGGCAACCUCCGGCGGCUAGAAAGAGGUGCGAGGAGCACAAGGGCAAGAGGAUCAAAGAGACCAUUAGUAUUUCCCAUAGAGAUGAAAUCCCCAGCUCGUUUAUACAUUCAGGUCCCAAAAUUGGGAUACAGGAGAGCCAGAAUCAUUCACUUAUUCCUUCAGUUUUUUGUGAUAUAACUUCUCCAGCAUGUGGGGCAGCAACACAUGAUGGUUCAUUCUGCAGUAGAAAACCUACAGAAGGAAAUAAAAGAUGCUGGCAGCAUAAAGGCAUGAGAGUUGAUGCAAGUCCAACAAGUAGCUCUUGUAAUAACUCAAGGCGAAGUAGUACUUCUCUUCAGUAUGCCUCUGAGGACUUUACAUCAACUUGUGGGGCAGCAUUACAGAAUGGUUCACAUUGUAGCAGGAAACCUACUAACGGGAAUAAAAGAUGUUCGCAGCACAAAGGCAGGAGGGCUGAUUUAAGUCCCAGAAAUAGUAAUGACUUCAGGUAUUAUGCUAACUCUUUCAGUUAUGCAUCUCAUGGUUCCGCAUAUGAAACUUUUUCAUCAACUUGUGGUGCACCCACGCUCAGUGGUUCUUAUUGCAGAAGGUCAACAGCUGGCGGUAGAUGUUGGCAGCACGAAGGUUAUGCCUCUUAUGGUUCUGCAUAUGGAAAUUUUUCAUCAACUUGUGGUGCACCCACGCGCAGUGGUUCUUACUGCAGAAGGUCAACAGCUGGUGGUAGAUGUUGGCAGCACGGAGGCUAGCGGACCUAAGUUCAGAAACAAGUGCUGUAUGAUAAUAGAAGUAUUGUGUCUUUUUCAUCCCGAUGAAAUGCUGAAUAUUAGUGUCUUAUGACACUUCAUGCAUAUUCUGCAUCCUGAAAAAUGUUAAGGAGAGCAGAACCUGCAUUGUUCAAGUGUUUGUAUAAUAUAGACGUAGUGUAACUUGCAUCUGUCCAUAUAAAAUAACGAUCAUAGCAUCUUAGCUAGAGUGGGAGUGGUAAAUCCCUUGUUGAUCUGUUGAUUGGCCUAACCAGCCUGCUUAGCAUCGCUUUGUAGCUUUUAGAUUUGUUUGUCUAAAGAAAAAUGGCUUUGUAGCUCUGCUAACGUUGGAAUAUCUGUUCUUCUUGCAUCAGCCAGAA